AUGAAUAGUUCAGCUACCAAGAUCAAUACGUUGAAAAUAGCAGCUAUAAACGCUAACUCAAUUUGCUCCAACAGCAGGAGAUUUGACCUGUAUAAUUUUGCAAAUAAUUUUAAUCACGAUAUUAUCUUUAUAUCGGAAACAAAACUCAGCGCAAGACACAAAAUUUCGUUUAAAAAUUAUAACUUUGUGAGAUCUGAUAGACCCAAUGCUGUUUUGGGUGGUGGUACGGCUAUUUUGCUCAAAAAGGAUAUUCCAUUUGAAUUGAUCAAACAACCUUCAUCCAAACAGAAUAAAAUACUAGAAUAUACAAUAGUCAAAAUCACCACACAAAGCAACGAACAUUUAUUUCUAAUUAGUGCCUACGCUCCGAGUGAUAAUCGGCGGUUAUUCAUUAAUGAAUUAGACAACUUGUUUAUCAGGCUUAACCUGGCAUCCGAGUCUCAUUUCUAUAUCCUUGCCGGAGAUUUAAACGCUAGAAGAAUCGCGUGGAACGACUAUACCGACAAUGCUAGAGGGAUUCAUAUGAAAACAUGGGAGGAAACUAAUAGCAUCGCAUUUAAAGCAAAAUUCAUCACUGCUAAUAACCCUACCUUUAUCCCGGCAUUGUCAUUUCUGGAUAUGUGCAUAGUGGAUGCCAGGCUGAGCUUGAUAAAUGGCACAAAUGGAAAAAUUCCGACGCUGCCUUAUGAUAGCGACCAUGCGGCCAUCUCAAUGGAAUUUGCAUUACCAAAAGGUGACACCUUCAUAAGGCAUGAUAGCUUCCCUCUCAGGUAUAACUUUAAAGCUACAUCGUGGGAUAAAUUCGCAGAAGAUCUUAACGACUCUCCCUCAGUAUAUGUACCUGAAAAUAGAAAUCUCUCAAUUCAAGAGAUAGAAAUAGGGCUAGUGUCCUUAUCGAGCAACAUUAAGGAAGUGUUAUAUAGAAACGCUCCUUCAGUAGAAGGAAAAAACAGCAUGCUUAUAUACGUAAAUAGAAAAAUCAAAAGACUGAACAAAAUGAAAAGCAAGCUAUUGAAAAUUCUCCAUAAAGUCCGUGUCUCAGAUAUAGAUAUAAGUGCCUCUCUUAUAAGCAGUAUUAAGUAUCUACUUAAAAUUAUCAAGAAUUUACACGAUACCGAAUAUAAAAAUUCAAUGCACAGAUAUUGGGUCAACACGCUCAAACAAAUUGACCAUAAAUGCCCAGAAACAUUCUUCCCAAAGAUAAAUCCUAUUUUCAGAUCAAAUCCCCCGAUUCAAAUUGAAAGUCUUAAAAUUGGUGCAAAUAGUGAUAUGAUAUUAAAUCGUUGCAAUCUAGACUGCAAUAAUGCAAUAAAAUCUGAUAACCAUGUUAUUUUCACUUCAUCUGAGGACAAAUUAAAGAUUAUUGGUGCUUAUUUUGAGAGCAUAAACUCACCACGCUAUCUUAACACUAACACUAGUCUCAAAAAUAUUGUUGAUGAGGUAGCGAACGAUUUUUAUUACGAGUUUGACGAACGUAGAAAAAAUAGUGCUACAUAUGUAACUUUCGAUAACCAAAAUUUAGCUGUUAAUCCGACAGUCCCUGCCAGCUGGCACAACCUCUUCUGCAACUUUGCUUCGGUAUGCAGUAUAUUAAAACACCUUCCUAACAAAUGUUCAUCAGGAAUUGUCGGCAUCCCUGCAAUUGCUUUAAAGCAUAUCCUUGACUCAAUCAUUGAGAAAUUUGUUGUCUUAUUUAACAAUGCCAUCAACCACAACUAUUUCCCUAAAAUAUGGAAAGAGGCCAAAGUAAUACCGGUAAUAAAAAAAGAUAAAGACCCAACAAAUCCUGCAAGUUAUCGACCGAUUAGCUUGUCUCCAAACUUAAGUAAGGUAUAUGAAGCAAUUAUCAACUCCAAAAUAACCAACAUUUGUAACAAACUUAAUAUCUUCCCGGACACACAGUUCGGGUUCAAAACCAAUCAUUCAACAACUCGUGCAAUCCAUAAACUAGUUUCUGAUAUUAACACUGACAUUAGUAAUGGCAAGCUGGUCGGAGCGGCAUUACUGGAUUUGGAGAAAGCAUUUGAUUCUGUUUGGAUUAACGGCCUUAUAUUCAGACUGAUCAAGAAAAAAUUUCCGACCUACCUAAUCAGAAUGAUUUGGGAUAUAAUUCUAAAUAAAUCGUUUGUAACCUACCUCGACAACAAUAUAUCAUCCAUUAAAUUUAGAAUACUCGAAGGUCUCCAACAGGGCACCGUAAACUCCCCUAUAUUGUUCAAUAUUUAUAUAUGUGAUCUUCUACACUUGUUCGACAUAAACCAACACAAUAGCAUUUACAAAGGAAUUGGUUUUGCCGACGAUUUUAUUAUAUACGUUACAACUAGCAAUGCCCUAAAAACUCAGGAGAAUCUUGAGGAAAUUGUAGAUAAAAUCAACAAAUACUAUGCUAUGUGGAACUUAAGGCUGAAUCCUUCAAAAUGUGUAACUAUCCUCUUCCGGAAACCACUCUGCCUCCUCUCACCUAAGAGUAGACAAGGAAUAACCAACUUCCAUAUUAAGACAGAGAUCCCUGGUACAAACGAGAUGGUAGACAUACCCCAUGAAAAGUCCGUUAAGUAUUUAGGCUAUCAUCUAGAUUACUUAAUGAGGGGAAACAUACACUUAGAUAAGCAAUUAGCCAAAGCUAGAUCUGCCUUCGUAGCAAACAGUAAAUUAUUCCUCUCCCGGUACAUAGCUGCCAGAACAAAAAUCAUCCUUUAUAUGAUUUUAAUCAGACCAAUUGUAACGUAUGCAUCCCCUAUAUGGUGGAACAUCAACCACACGUCUAUGGAGAAACUUCGAACCUUUGAAAGAAAAUGCUUAAGAGCAUGCUUAUCAUUAUAUAGGUCCCAGCAGUCUAAUUGGUUACACUAUAUUAGCAACAUGACCCUAUAUGAACAAGCUAACAUUACUAGAAUAGAUAUAUUCAUAAUCAAUCUAGCCAGACAAUAUUUCUCCAAACUACCUCAAAAUAAGAAUGAAUUAAUAAGAUCACUGGCAAUUAUAAGUACAGCUGCAGCAGAAGAGCAGAUGAAUAACGGAUAUAUAAACCCAGAAGCUUUUAUAUAUUGUGAUAAACAAGGUAUUAUUCAAAACAGUUUGAACAUACCUAUCCUGUACCACUGGAGGAGAAAUAGGGCUAACAAACGCAUUGCAUUUAAAGCUACGGACUUUAUAUUGAACCCUGAUAAGUUUGCAUUUUCAAUGAGAAUCCCUCCUACGGACUUCCUUAAUUUUGCUAGGCUCAAUACAGCCAAAUAUUGGUGGUUAUCAUCUGAGGAUGAUAUAAUUCGAGAGCUUAAAAGUCGCUUAUUAGCUCUUCAGAACCGAAGGUGCGAGUGA